UGGCGGGGCCUUCUCGGCGGGAGCGGCUCGGUGAGGGAGGGGGGACGAACCGGUGGCGGCGGGGACAGCUCAAGGUCGCUCAGGUGGGAGCCCGGCCCCGGCGGGAAGGUUGUGAGGGAACAGGCCUCAAGGCUGGCACCGGCCCCGCCAAUCCCCGGUGAGGCCCUGCUGCUUCUCCUGUAUCCGCCCAGCUCGGAGCGAGCGCCAUCCCACAGAGGGGCUGUGGGACACAGGCCCCAUAUCCUGAGAGAAACUUGAGGACUUCAAGAUGACAGGAAGAGAGUUUGUUGAACUAGAUUCUGUGCAUCACAGACUAUAUUUGGAAAGACUUAAGCGGAUGGAAGUCAUACAGAAGACAUUCAGUGAGCUUCCUAAAGCAGACCAGAACCUUUGUAACCAUGGAUCGUACUUCCUUGCAGCAAAUUCAAGCAUUUGUGGCUUAGCAGCAAAUAACUUCUUCAGGAACAUCCUACAUGUCAGAAAGGCUGCCUUCAUCACCGCUUUGCCAAUGGCUGUGAUUCCCUUUCUUUCAACAGCAGCAGUUUAUGAAGUUUUUGUGCGCGAGCCUUUAUUCUCAGGUGAGCUGAACUGUGAGGUCUGUGCCGUGGUCAGAGGAGGAUUGGUAGGAGCAGUUCUGGGUGGCUUCUAUCCCAUUUUCCUGGCUCUCCCUGUGAACGCGAGCCUGGCGGCCAGGUAUUCCUCGUCUCCCCUGCCAGGGAAAGAAAAUCUAUUACGCUUCUGGCUCACAACUGCUCAGCCUGUCUUUAGGAAGAUGAGUUUGGGAAUAGUUUUACAGCUUCUGACUGGAUUAUAUCUUUCCACUAAACAUCACGGAAUAUACAUCAAGGUACUGGAGCGGAUGAACAUGAGGGGGGAUCCUGAAGAGCUCCAUGACUGAAGUUAAGCAACUUUUCAAUUGCCUUGGAUGAAUAACCAGAAUAAACAAAGAAAGAAGUUG